ACGCCUUCCUUCCACAACCCUUCUCGAGAAUUCUCUUAACGGAUAAAGUCCACAAUCUAUAUCCUCCAAUUCCAACGCUAGAUAGAUACAGGGAAACUGGCAUAUCUCAGCGAACACGCAGCAAUGGAAGCUCUUGGUGCCUUGGCUGCCUGCGUACAGCUUCUCGAGCAGUCGGCGAGGAUCCUUCAGCAAGCCAAGGAGGCCUGGGCGCGCCACAAAGACGGCAUUUCUUACCUGCAGAGCGUGGUCGAUGACGUCCAGGCCACGAUCAUGAUUCUUGACCUGAUCGUAACUGAGAAAGAACUGCAGCUCGAUCACGUCUGCAAGGCAGCCUCGCUGGUUGUUGGAAAGGCGAUCGAGCUUGACAGCGUUAUUAAAGACCUGGACAAGAGGUCGGCGAUUGGCGGUGGACUGUCCAAGCUGCUGCUCCACUUCAUCAACGCCCAAGGAGAGAAAGAUGUGCUCGACAAGUUGCGAAGGGAGCUCAACGACUCCAAGUCAACCUUGGUCAUCGCUCUACAAAUGGCGCAAGUCGGCCUUAUUCGGUCUUUAGGCGAGUCCGACAUCACCGUGAACAUUGAGGUCGUCAGCCGAGUUGACCAGCUCGUCCAAAAGCGCCCCGGACUGGAGGAGGGGCUGCGACUGAAGCAGCUGUUGCAGGCCCGCGGUCGGAAUGACGAACGAGGCCAAUGGCACUUGAGCGACAAGGACCUGGAUGAGCUCACGAAACCACCCCCUUACGAAUACAGCCCGCUCUUGCCCGGUCAGACUCGAGGCAUCGUGCGCAACAACAUAGUGGAUGCAUCCACCUUUGUCGGCAUGGGCAUCGGCAAGGACGGUGGCGACCACAAUUCGGUCUACCAUCCGGAUGAGCUGAUCGUUCAAUCGAAUAGGGCCCAGAACCGUUCAUUAUUCCUUGGUGGCGGGAUUUCGGCGGCCAACUUGGUGUACCUUCAGAAGAACAUCCCAGGGUUCGUACUCCCAACCACGGCCGCAGAUCCAAACCCGACCGGGUAG